GUAUGUAAAGGUGAUACUAUAAUUGUCUGGGUAAAUAACAUGAUAGACGAAGAGUCGGCAACUACCAUACACUGGCAUGGAAUAACACAAACAAACACCAACUUUAUGGACGGGGUACCUAGACUCACCCAGUGCAAUAUUCAGCCGUUCGAAUCAUUCAAGUAUGAGUUUCUCGCGGAGAACGCUGGCACUCACUGGUGGCACUCUCAUUCUGGUGUCCAGUUGGGGGACGGUGUCCAUGGAGCCUUGAUAGUGAGGGAGUCGGAGGUUUAUGACCCCUCCUCGAGUCUCUACGACUAUGACAGGUCGGAUCACAUUAUGGUGAUCACUGAUUGGUCAGAGAAACCCGAAAUAUCUACCUAUAUGGAGGAAAUGCAGCACCGCUGGGUUACACCGAAGAUGAUUAAAAUAUUGGUGAAUGGGCGUGGCAGAAAAUAUGAGGUAACAGAUUUCGUCAUUAAAGGUGAUGAUACGUUCGCUGGAUAUACGCCUUAUGAAGUUUUCACAGUGUCUUCUGGUGAAAGGUUUCGUUUCCGGGUUAUUGGAGCGACAGCACGAUGCUAUUUCCGGUUGAUGGUUGAAAACCACCAAAUUACAGUGAUAACAACCGAUGGAUGGCCAAUCACUCCAUCAACUGUUGAUUCAUUCAUGGUACAUCCAGGUGAGAGAUACGACUUUGUGUUGCUUGCCAACCAGACGCCCGGUGACUACUGGAUAAGGAUUCAAUCAUACGGUGACUGUGUGGGUGGCGGCAAUGAUGGGCACGGUGCAGCUGUACUGCAUUAUAACGGCUACGAAGGCAAAGAUGAUUACAUGCCAAAUACUGACGUAGAAGAUUUUUCUCAAAAAGGCAUUGUUUUGAACCCUGGCUCGGAACAGAACACUGACAGAAGCAUUCUUCCCCAUGCCAAUAUGAGGUAUGACCCUCCUGACGGACAAACCGAAGACUUCACGGAUGAGAAAGUUGGUCUUAGAUAUUACAUUAUGCUGUGGUACCAGUCUACAGAUAACUCAUAUUACAGUCAUCCCGAGUACUACCCGAACCCUGUCAGAUGGGGACUUCUUACUCCAACUCUAAAUAAUCUUACGAUGACACGUCCAGCUGCACCGCUAGCCACACAGUGGGACGAUGCUGAGAAGAAUUUCUGUAACACGUCAACAAUAAACACGAAAACUCAAUGCAACGAUGACCUUUGUUUAUGUACACAUAUGCUGGACAUUCCUAAAGGCGAGGUUGUAGAGUUGUUUCUUAUUGGAGCGGCUGGAGACCCUCAUCAGAUGCAUCUCCAUGGUUACACGUUCCGUGUUGUUGGAGAAGGAUAUCUGACCAACAUAUCAACAAAUGACUUUCUGAAAAUUGACAUUGAUGACAUUAAGGCCAGGGACGCCAACGGAAACGGGGAAUUCCCGCGCAUGCUCACUAAUCCGCUUUACAAAGAUACGGUAGCAGUACAGGGACGUGGAGGUUAUACCAUCAUCCGAUUCAAGGCAGAUAAUCCAGGUAUGUGGUUUUUCCACUGUCAUUCCGAGGGUCAUUUGAUGCAAGGUAUGGCUAUGGUUAUGAAAGUUGGAGACCCGGACAAUUUUCCUACACCACCCAAGGACCAUCCUAAAUGUGGCGGAUACUCUUUCUACAAAAAACAAAACUCUGAAGAUGGCAACGAGAAUGACGAAACUUCCGGCAGCACGCGCAACUUUGCUACAAUCGUAUUUAUUGUUGCAAUAAUUGCUUUACAAAAAGUUUUCUGAACUUAAAAACUCACUUGAAAUAUUUUGUUCAAUACAGCAAGACUAUAAAAAUGGUUACUAAAUGGUAUAUUUUACUCAUUCAAGUGUCAUGACACUAAUAUAAGGUAUACAUAGUAUAAUAUGAGUUUUAUUGUUAACCAACAAACAUCGUGUAAUUAAUACUUUUGAAGCUUCGUGUCUCCAGGGUAGUGGAAAAAAAAUCAAAAGAAUCAAAAUAUUAACAGUUUAAUAAAUGUAUAUAGAUCCCAGUACAAAUGCCAUAUCAAGUAACGAUUUUAUCACAAUUACGAAUGUAGUUAUGGGUUGUUUUAAUGUGAUUAAUUUAGUUUUUUUAGAUAUUGGUGAAAACGUGCGUGCUGCUUUUUUAUACUACAACAAUUAUUAGUUGUAGUUCAGAUGGAAUCUGUGUACUUCCUAUUACACUCGACGUAUUUGUUGUCAAAAAAAUUAAUGCACAAUCACGAGUGUGUACAUGUUAAUUUUGUUAUAUCAAGCAUAAUUUACCUUGUCUAUUGUGAUAGAUUUUAUUUUCAUAAUUUCAUUUUGCUCAUUUAUCCUUACAAAACGAAGAGGGUGAAAAUUUGGAAUAAGAACCUCGAAGUAUUUGAUCUUAUACUUGUACUUUUUUGACCGGCCUUUUCCCAAUGUUUUCAUAAUGUACACUUUUUAUAUAAUCUUUUUUUACAUAUUUUAAUGAAAAUCACGUUAUCGCUGUUUUUCUAUGUUUUUCUUUUAUAUAUUUUUAUAUCAUUUCUUGUUGCUAUAAAUACACAUUUAUCUAUAAGAAAAUGUAAUCAACAUUACUAAUCAACAUUGCAGCUACGUCGUAGUAAUACAUGUAUAAACUUGAUGUAGACAUUUCAUAUAAUCAUUCAACUUGAUUUUAACUUACCAAGAACGGAUUAGUCUUGAGAAAAAUUUAAAAUCAUUGAACGGAGAUUGCGAUGGGCAACAGUAUUAUCAAUGCAAGUGAUUUAUUUUUUUAUUAAGUGUUGUAGUGGUAUAAAAAUCCAAAUUUUAUAUGAAUACUCACUUUCUUAUUUACAUACAAAAAUUAUAUACAUUUUCAAAUUAUUUACACUUACUUACAUUCUAUAAUCUAUAUUUAACUGUUUUUAAUAUGUUAUAUACACUUUUUUCAUAAUAAAUACUCAACAUUUUA